AGUGUUUUUUGCCUUCAUGAAACGGUGAACGCAGAAGACGGCACUGGGAAAAACAAGGAGAGAAGAGGAUCAGCUUAAUCAGAAACAGGGAUUUUUUUCAACAACUGGCAGGUCACCAUGGCUGUUUCUCGCUGGCUCCUCACUCCUGUGCUCUCCCUGCUGCCCUUCAUGACACAGGUUCCAGCACAGCAACCAGGUAAGCUCUUGCAGGAGGUCCAUGAACACAGAGGAAUAACCCCCACGGCAGCAGGUUGCACCAUUAUAGGUGGGAGACUUUUACACUCCUGCUCUGAGACAGCUUUGUUCAACGACCUUCUCUCCAACGAUAACGAGAGGGGUCUCAGGUCUCACCCAACUCUGUCACAAUGUGAAACCCUGGGCAAUUUUCGGUAUUGUUUGUGUGUUUUUCCAGGAUGUUCUGUCAGUAAUAGCAGACCAGAUGUUUAUGAAAAUAACCUUCCUGGCCAUGUGGUGACCACUAUCCAUACGGAACCAGGCUUCACUGUAACAAUUGAUCCCAAAUCCCUUGAUGCCAGAUUUUUCACUAUACAGGGGUCUGAGCUGCAGCUGAGCCAAAGUGUGGACUAUGAGACAGUCAUCUUGCUGCUGGUGACCCUGAUUUGUCAGAACAACGCUGGGCAGAGCAAUUAUUUGGACAUUCAAGUGACCAUUCUCAACGUGAAUGAUAACAGCCCAGUGCUUAAGCAAACGAAUAUCACCGCGGUUGUUCCUGAGGAUACAAAAGUGAAUGCAAUCGUUGUACCCCGUGAGGAUGUAAGCGCUAGCGAUGCUGACCCGGACACCAUAUACUAUGAACUCACAACAAUAGUGACGGGCACAGAUGGUUAUUUUGCCAUAAAAGGAGUUAAUAACCCAGAAAUUUAUCUACAAAAAGCAUUGGACUAUGAGAAAUUUAAUUUGACAACGUUGGUCUUGUAUGCAAGGGACAGGCCUGUGGGCAGCCUGGAGGUGACCAACACGGCUACUGCAACAAUAAACAUAUAUAUUGAACAAGCUGACACCAAACCACCCUGGUUCCUACCCUGUACUUUCAUUAACACGGACAAAAGCAUUUGCAUCAGCAGCCGCUAUACCGGGACGGUCAAUAUCUACGAGGUAUCGACGGAACCACUCAUCCUGGAGCCAGGGCCUAUCUACGCUAUCGAUCCUGACUACCUUUUAAAUGAAAAAAUCGUGUACAGUAUUGUUGGUGGGGAUCCAGACAAAGUAUUCUCAGUGGAUGCAGACACAGGGAAUCUAACUAUGAACAAAGAAGCAACUUCCCUAGACUCGUACCUAUUGCAAGUCAUGGCAACCCAGGUCAACAACAUACAGAAAUACUCCAUAGCCAGCGUAGAGAUUAAAGUCAUCAGUAAAAAUAAUCACCCACCAUACUUUAAGACAAGGAUCUACAAUGGGACAGUAUUUGCUGGUCUGGACCCGAGAAGCUUUGUCUUCCAAGCUGGUGAUCCUUCGACACCCCUGAUGAUAACAGCAGAGGAUGAUGAUUUCCCUAAUAAAGUCAACCCAAGCAUUGAGUACUACAUAAAAAACAGCACUGAUUUCAUUGCAACCAAAGAUGGACUCAUCUUGACAAACGUGAAGCUGGAGUCAUCAAAAACUGUAACCAUUGAGGCUGUUGGAAAAGAUAUGGUGAGCAUGCAGCAGGCAAGCACUGUAAUCAUGGUGGAGGUCACCCAUAACACAGCUGUAAUCCUCUCUGAUAAGAUAUACAGUGCGCAGGAUAUGGCUAUCUUAGGUGGUACAUUAGCAGCACUGCUAUUGAUUGCCUUAAUCUUCCUUGGAGUGAUGAUAUAUAAACAGUAUGGAAAACCAGCCAAACACCUGAUACGGAAAAAGUUCUCCAAGGAAAUCUCUGGAGAUUACCAGAACCAAUCUUAUGAGCAAGAAGAAUACCAAAAUGUGAACACCGAACAGGACAAAAUGUCAGAAAAUGGCAGUGUCCAGUCCAUGACACAUGUGCUACAGCCAGCACUUUCCUUGCCCUCUUCCAAUGUGGAAGAAACUGAUAGCCUCCCGAAGGUUUCUAUAGCUUCCACGAUCAUCUUUGACCAGGAAGAGAAAGAGAAAGAAAUGAAAGAAGAGACUGAGCAUGAGAAAGAAGUGAAGUCCAUCCUCAAGACGGAGAGGCGCAUGGCAGACGAUGGCUACAAAGCUGUGUGGUUUAAGACUGAUGUGGAUCCAGAUGCUGGAGAGAGGGUUGAAGUGAUUGAGGACAAUGCAUCAGAUGGUGAUGAUGACAGUGACCCAGAUCUGCAGAAGAACGACGAGGAGGAGGAGGAGGAGGAAGAAGAUUAUGACAAGGACAAUCACGACAGAGGGCUGGGAGUGUCCUUUGUCUCAGAGAGCUCGUCACUCCCAGCUGCAGAAGUGACAGUUGACAUGUCUCACACGGACGCAGUGACAAAAGAUGACAGUCACAUGUAAUAGAAAUAGGCCUGCACCCUCCUCCCCACAAAAAAAAUGGGGAAAUCUCAGCUGCUUUGCCAACAUGAAGCCCACCUUUGUGUUCAGGGGGCAACUGGAUGGGGAAAUCUCAGCUGCUUUGCCAACAUGAAGCCCAUCUUUGUGUUCAGGGGGCAACUGGAAUGCAGGACGAUGAGGUUGCCUGUCCUGCUUGUCUGAAUGCAGAGAUUAAAGCUGGAAGAGAUUACAGCUAAUUCAACCUUUAGUGAGACCUUGAAAUAUCACUUUGUAUUUUGAGUGGGGGGAACACAUGUCCCAUCUCUCAACCUUCCUGCCUGUUCCCCCUGGGGUCCCUUACAUCACGUUUCCCAAACCAGCUGCAGGUACAGCAGAGAUGUAGCUGAACUGACUUGGAAGCCGUUAGCCCAGUUUGCGGUAGCAAUUUAGUUACACAACCGGUGUUCGUCUCCUCUUGAUGGGCAAAUAAGCCAGCACUGACUGCUUGGCUGUUCCCUUUAGGGUGUUAGACUUUGACGCCAGCUGCCAGCGCAAGGCACCCUGACUCUGCAGUUGCUCAUACGAGUAUCCAGGAGGUCACUUCAGGGCUUGGCUCCGCUCUCUGCCAUGCCAGACUCUGUUCCCAGCACAAGCAGCUGGCAUGUGCCACUAUGGUCCUUGCCCUGCCAGCAGCCAGGAGUUUUCAUGCUCAGGAGCUGCUAUUUCCUCUAUCACUGGUAAGCAAGGACUGACCACAUGUUCUUUACUGAAGGACUUUGUCAUCAAUUUUUCUAUGUCAUAAAACCACUAAUUGUGCAGUACUUCUUUAGCUGUCUGUCUCCUGCCUAUCAGAGAAAAGAAGAGCUCCUGCCAGCUGUUCCCAUCUCCCUGGGCUUUUUGCAGCAAUGGAUAUCAUUCCAGGGGUGCUGGAUGUGGGGUUAGCAUGUUGUUUCCCAUUGUUUCCUUUGUCCGACAGGGCUCAAAGUGUCCCUUUUAUCACUGCUGCUGAAGGAGGUCAGCAUUGCCUCCAAGUGCCAGACGGCACUGCCAUUUCUCUGCUGCUCUGGUCUCAGAUGCCAACCCCUUUGCAUACCACCUUUCCCCAUUCACAAGCUGGUAAAAUACCAUCUUUCAAACUUCACCUAGAGCUGCGCUGCAGCCUAAGAGAGGAGGUGAUUCCAGUCAGCUCUGCUCUGCUUGGCUUGAGUCCAGGCUUGAGCUAGAAAGCCUGCUGACCUCUGGAUUGACUUCAUGGGGUGAGACCACCAUAGCGUGUUGGACCCCUCCUCCCUCAAUCCUCCCUCAUCUUUCACCAAUAUUGUCUUCAAUUAUGGUCCUGUCGUAAAGCCCCAAUUCAGCAAAAUGAGCACAUCGUUUCCAGGUAGCAUGGGGAGUAAAGUGUUUGAUGCUCUGGUCUAGAUUUAUACCUCCUGCCAAUCAAUCUCUUCCCCCAGCUGGUAACAAAAAGCUGGCUGAGAAUAUGGCUGUGUGCGUUUGCAUCUUCUGAUCUAUCAACACUAGGUUUGUGCUGCUUUUGGUUUUCUCAUUUUGGGGCUAGCUACAGAGUAGACAUGGGCAUUUGAGUAUUCGACUUCCAGUAAAAAGCUCAGGAGCCUCUAAGACAGGGAUGCAGCAGAAGGAGCUUGGGUCACUAAUGUUUAUCUCACUUUCUCAGCUUAGCACAACAGCACAGGAUUGCAACAAGAGAAGUCUCAUGGUAGAGAAGCAAAACCAAUAAAUAAUCUUGCCUUUUCCCUACAAGCCAAUCUCCAUAUCCCUGUCAUUACUCCAGACAAACCUUGAGAGAGAGAAACCAAAGUAUGGCUGCUGGAAUCCACAGGUACACCAAAGCACAAAUCAUUUCCAAGGAGGCUUUUAUCCUCUUGGUCCAUACUUUAUUUCUGUGCAUCUCCCUGUCGCAGUGUUGCUAUAGCUCAGUUCUGCUCUCCGUUAUCUGAGAGCUGCCCUUCCUGUAUGGACUUCAGGAGCUGCACUUUUGCUGGAGGUGGAGACUGAGAUAUGGAAAGCUUUCCUCCUUACUGCAAUAAAGGUAUUU